UAUUUGAUAUCACACAAGCAUCCUGCAGAACAUUAUGAGCCGAUCCCCGAUUCAAUCACAGGUUCAUUUUUCUAACAACUUAAGGGGUCACUCCAAACAUGGCUGCACACAGUAUGGGCAGGUGUUUUUGCUUUGCUCGGACAAACGAGCGAAGGGGGAAGCAUAAAAGCCCUAAUCAUGGUUUCAUUUGUCAACCAACAUCAAGACCAAUCAUCUGGGUAGCAACUCUGGCACUACUGAUUUCUUCUGUGAGUUGUAAGGAUGCUCCUCAACAGAAAACCCCACCCAGUGAAGCAUCUUCAUCUCAGGAACAUACAAAGCCCUCUCCGCCUUCAGACAAGACAGCCACUGACAAACACGGUAUGACACUCCCUAUCGAUACAAUCAGCAGGAGCCGAGACCACAUCUUUGACCUCCUGAAUCUUGACCGGCAGGGGCUUCUUCUGGAUGCAAAGUUUGUCCAGGACAGCAUUGAGAAGAUGAAGAACAUAUACCACCUAUCCAUUGAGCCCAUGGCAGAGGCUUACAAGUUUGAGACUAUGGGACACCCAGCCCUGUCAGAUGGUGAGCUUGAUGCCAAGCCCAUGGUAUUAUUUCUUGGGCCAUGGAGUGCAGGCAAAUCAACCAUGAUCAACUAUCUUGUUGGACUGGAGGAUGAACAGCGACUACCAACAGGGGCAGAGCCAACGACAGCAGAUUUCACAGUCGUAAUGCAUGGUAGCCAGUAUCGCUCUGUGGAGGGCCUUGUACUUGCUACAGAUGGAAAGAGGUCAUUUGGUAGCUUGGAGAGGUUUGGCAAUGGGUUCUUGGAGCGGUUUUACGGGAUGGAGUACCCACACAAGAUGCUGGAGAAAGUGACGCUUGUGGACACACCUGGCAUCAUUGAGAACCGUAAGCAGCAGGAACGGGGAUACCCUUUUAACGAGGUCUGUGAGUGGUUCAUGGACCGUGCUGAUCUCAUCUUUGUGGUGUUUGACCCCACAAAGUUAGAUGUUGGGACAGAGCUCGAGUCCACAUUCAAGCGCUUGAAGGGACGCGAGUCCCAGAUCAGGAUCAUAAUGAACAAAGCAGACACUAUAGCACCAAAUGAGCUGAUGCGUGUGUAUGGUGCUCUAUUCUGGAAUCUUGCCCCCCUUAUCAAUGUGACUGAGCCACCACGUGUCUAUGUUGGUUCUUUCUGGCAGAAACCUUUCCAGCUCCAGACAUACAAGGAUCUCUUCUUGUCUGAAGAGAAAUCUCUACUGAUAGAUCUAAACAACAUGAUUGAAAACCAACUGCACAACAAGAUAGCUACAGUCCGUCGUCGGGCUAAAGAAAUCCGUACCCAUGCCGUGACAGUCAAUGAAUACCUAAAGAAAUUUAAUCGCAAUAAGCCCAUUGCCCUGAUGGGCAAUCCAGAGGACACCAUGCGUGACAUUGUCCAGAACCCUGACAAGUAUAACAUAUUCAAGACAGUCUUAGCACACGCCAACAUCAGCAAGUAUGAUCUGCCAGACCCAGAGGAGUUCAAGACCUUUUUUGCCAUCAACCCAAUCGAUUCUUUUCAACCACUGGAAACUCAAUGCAGUUACUUCUCAGGUUGUUUAUUGGAUCGCAUCGAACAGGCAAUCUCCAUAGAUCUGCCCAAACUUCUGGAGUCCAUCCAGAAGGAAUCUGGGCUGAGUGGUGAGUGCAGCACACAGGGAGGAUGCAUACAAUCCGAGAAAAAUAUGUACUCUAAACCCUGACAAUAAUAAAGAAUUGCAAGUGUGGAACCCCCCCCCCAACAAUUAAGUUGAAUUCAACUUAUGUGGUACCAGGCUGGUUUAAAAUCAAUUGCUUGAAUUCCUAUUUUAUUACAUGUACUAUGCACUGACUGAACCAUUCCAAAUUCACAUUUUGAACAGUUACUAAAACGAAUCGUUAUUUUCUAUUGUGCAGUUCCACUCUUUAGUUUAUCCUGAAAAACUAAAUGCACUUGGCUGGACCGAAAGGGAGGCAUUUUGCACUUUAGAAGUUUGUCCCCAUUCUUUUGUAUUUUACAUGUAAAAGAUACUUAACAUUGUAUGAUUUACACAUGUAGAUUGUUGGUGACAGUCCCUAUCAUUAAGUCUGAAUCAAUUUUGAAAUUACACUGGACAGCAAAAGAAACUUGCCACUUCUGUCAAAGGCCACACAUAA